UCGAACUGCUUCCCUUCUCGUUUUUACUAGGUGAUUCAUGGCUGCCUAGCCAAAUUACCAGAAGACCCCCUCACACUGAUUUCGUCAUAAUCGGCGGCUCAGAUCUUGGUUAUGAACGUGCUUUACCAUUCUGGAAAGUAGAGAUUAAGACCUUUCCAACGCGUAUAAGCUCAUUUCUAGAAGUUACCUGAGCAGCACGCAAUGAUUCGUUGAGGUCGUUAGACUUAAUCUCUAAUUAGUUCUCUCCAGAUUUGCACGAUUUCCAUCAGUGGUAUCAGAGCCACGGUUAGAGGACGUUCUUUCCUCCAUUGGAAGAGAUCUAGAGAGGCUUGAAGUGCUCCAGAUCUAGGGUUUGACAUGGCCCAAAAGUUGGAUGGCCCUCCUAGGUUUACCGGCUCGGACUUUUCGCUAUGGAGGUUUCAGUUCACACUAUGGCUAGGUAUUAAGGACCUAUAAAGUGUGUUGGAUGGAUCGGAGAAGCGACCACGAGCUGACUCUGGGGAGGCGUCUACUGGAGCAACCAGCCAAGUGGGAUCCGGAGCUGGGGGAGCGUCGUUGAGUGGGGUGAAGGAAGGAGGAACUGCUGCAACCCGAACCGGAAGGUCGCAACCAAGUAGCGAGGAGUUGCUCAAAGCUCAAGAAGCAUGGGAUCGGAAGGAUCGCCAGGCUUUUCAGUACCUGUGUUGGGCUUUGGAGGGGCAACUUGAGCUUCUUAAGAUGCUGAUUGACCUGAAGGGGAAGGAAGGUGCAGCGGCUGCAGCUUGGAAAAGAGUACAAGAUAGGCACUUGCAGAAAGGGCUUCUAAGCGUGCUUACUUGGCGGAAGCGGUUUUACACCAUGGAGCGGAACUAUGGGGAGGGGGAGACCAUGGUUCAGUAUCUCCAGAGGGUGGAUGAGAAUGUGCAGGCUUUGGAGGAGCUGGAUUACACGGUAGAUGAGAAGGAGAUCAUCUAUACUGCGCUCCAAGGGUUGGAUCAAGCGGCUAAUGAGGCAUUACUACAGUACCUUCACCUCGAGCAACAAAAAUGGACCAAGGUGUGGAUUUGGGAGGUUCUAAUUUCUGAUGAGGCUCGCAAGGUUGAUGCUGGAAGAGGUCUAGAAGGAGGCAUGGGUGCAGCAGAUAAAGCUUCCUUCAGGAAAGGCUAUCAACAGCAAGGAGGUGGGGGGAAGAAGAAAGAGUUGGACAAAUGCCUUGUGCCCGGAUGCAACAAAAAACACUCUUGGAAGAGUUGCUGGAGUAGGCCUGAGGGAUGGAAGCCUCACGGCUACUCUGGAGAGGCCCCACCAGUGACCAAACCUGAUUGGGUGGAGAAAAGGAUGAAGAAGGGGCUCUGGAAUAAGAAGGGCAGCAAGGGAGCAACGGCCGCAGCUGCUAAGGAUGAGAAGGGGAAGGGCCAAGACGACUCCUCCGAUGAUGGUUUCUCGUUUCUCAUGCUAGGGCAGGAUGCAGCUCUCGCUGGUCGUGCAUUGGCUGAUCCCAACUUCCUGGUUCUAGACUCUGGAGCAACAUCUGGGAUGCUUCCUCGCCGUGAUCUCUUCACCUCCUACCAUCCUCUCCCACCAAGUUCGAGGAACGUGAUUGUUGGGAGCGGAGAUUUGCUGCAAGCAAUUGGCAUCGGCACGAUCACCAUUAAGGGGAAGGAGGGGGAGCUAGUGGGUGUGAAGGGGGUCCUUCACGUCCCUGGUUUGGCUGCAAACCUCCUUUUAUGCUCGUAGCUGGCUAAACAGGGAUACAUCUGCACUUUCACGGAGGGAGGGUGUACUGUUAGAAAGGGUGACGCUGUGGUGAUGGAGGCAAAGCUGGACAAGGGUUCAUACCUUGUUCCAGCUUGUGUGCCUAAUUGUUACAAGGCACAUAUGGUUUUUUCUGAGGAAGCCGCUUGUAGCACUCGCUGGAGGCAGGUGGAAACGGUGUCACCUGAGUUGCUACACCUUCGCAUGGGGCACGCGGGGAAGCAGCAACUGCUGGAGUGUGUGAAGAAGGGGGAGCUGAAGGGGGUGGAGGUCAAGAAAGGAGCUGGGCAGCAGAGCAAAUGUCCCGACUGCACGUCUAGAAAGCUGCCUAGAACCUCAUUCCCUAUCUCCUCUGAUCAUGCCUCGACUCCCCUUGAGCUGGUGCACACGGAUGUGUGUGGACCGAUGCAAACUCCUGACCGGGAAAGGGGCAGCAGGUACUUUGUCACCUUUCUUGAUGACUUCAGUCGACUUAGCUGGGUCACCUUGGUGAAGACCAAGGAUGAGGUGGCAAAGGUGUUUAAGCGGUGGAUACGCUAUGUGGAGAGGGAAUCAGGGGCCAAGGUAAAGGUGUUAAGGUCAGAUCGGGGUGGAGAGUACCUUGGGAAAGAACUUCAAACCUUCUUGGAAGAAAAGGGUAUUACCCACCAGCUCUCUGUACCUUACACGCCGCAGCAAAAUGGGGCAGCGGAGCGGCUUAACAGGACCUUGACCGAUUUGGCUCGGGCCAUCCUUUCCCAUGCCGAGCUUGAUAACACUUGGUGGGGGGCAGCAGUGCAGUAUGCCAACUGGGUGAAGAACAGGAUGGGCAGCAAGGGGCUUGGAGGCAAGAGCCCAUACUCCUUAUGGACAGGGAAGGUGCCGAAUGUUUUCAUGGCACGAGUGUGGGGGUGCAUGGCACAGUAUAAGGUACCUGACCAGCAAAGAAGGAAGCUAGAUCCUAAGGCACAGUGGGGGAUCUUCCUUGGGGUUUCUGAGAGGAGCAAGGCUUGGGUGCUGUGGAGUGUAGCUGACCAGCGUGUGAUGGAGAGCCGUGAUGUGGUUUUCCAUGAGGGGCUGAAUUUUAAGGGGUGGAAGGAGCAUGGUACAAGCCAAAGUGGGACUUCCAUUCAAGACCCUCAUACGGCUUCUAUCUUUGAGGGGGCAUGGGAGGACCCUGGAGAUGAAGGGGAGGAGCAGCAGGAGGAGCCAGAACCAGCUGAUCCUAACCAUGAGGAGUCCCGAGAGACAGAUUCUACCGCUCAGCCAGCCACGCAGGCCGAUGCGCGUGAUGAUCAGCCGGAGCAGCAUGUGCCUUCAACUCCAUCGAGAAGCAGUUGGCAGCAGUUGUUGGACCAGCAGCUGUCCAAGACUCCGAGGACUCCAAUGAAGAGGGUGACUUGGGAGGAGAAGCUGCGGAGGCUGGAAGAAGGAGAGGCAACACCUCUGCGACGCAGUGCUCGAAUUUCCCAGCCACCUGAAAGGUUUACCCCGGGGCACAUUGCACGCAUGCAUGAUCAUCUUGUGUCGGAUUUGGAUGAUUGCAUGCUUGUGGACAUGCAUGGGCAUGAGUAUGCUCUUGAUGUGUGUCUAAUGGGUCAGGUGCAUGAGCCUAGGUCAGUCAACGAGGCGCUGAACCGUCCAGAAUGGGUUGAGUCCAUGCAUGAGGAGCUUGAGUCUCACAAGGUAAAUGGAUCAUUUGAGCUGGUUGAUCCAGCAGUGGUACCACCUGGUUUGGAGGUCCUCAGGUGUCAAUGGGUUUAGAAAUACAAGCAUAACCCUGAUGGUACUGUUGAGAGGCCUAAGUCCAGAUUGGUGGUGAUGGGAAACACGCAGAAAUUGGGAGUACACUAUGAAGAAGUGUACUCUCCAGUUGGGAAGCAUGCGACCUUGAGAGGUAUGCUUGGAAUUUCAGCUGCUUUGGGGCUUGAUAUCCAUCAUAUGGAUGUCAAGACAGCCUUCCUCCAUGGGGAUUUGGAGGAAGAGCUUUACAUGCGGCAGCCCCCUGGUUUUGAUGAUGGGUCUCACCGAGUGUGUCGCCUCAAAAAGUCCAUUUAUGGGCUAAAGCAAGCCCCACGACAGUGGUACCUAAAAUUUGAUGAGGCUCUCAUGGAUUUUGGGUUUGAGAGAUAUGAGUGUGACCCUGCCUUGUACCACUUUGUGAGAGAUGAGGAGCGGAUCUCCUUAUUCCUCUAUGUGGAUGACCUUUUGCUCCUAUGCUCUAGCAAGGCUUUGC